AUGAAAGAAAUAGACACCAUAGACAACCGAAUUCGUCCUUACUUGACAAAUGAAGUUGGCCUCAAUAAAUGGACAAGGGUUUAUAGCACAAACAAGCGUUACUCAACAAUGACCUCAAAUAUAUCAGAAUCCGUGAAUUCAGCCUUGAAAGAAGUAAGAGAGUUACCCAUUGGCACACUACUAGAAUGUCUACGCUGCUUGGUUCAAAGAUGGAGUUGGACAAACAAAAAUAGAGCUCUUGCUACACUCACAACACUAGCAAAAGGACCAGAAAAGGAACUCAAAGACAAAUUAGAUCGCAGUAAAAAAUUGCAGGUUGAAACAUCAAACCAUGCCAUAUAUACAGUCAAUGAGUUAAAAAGUUCGUACAUAGUAGACAUUCAAAAAAAGACAUGCACAUGUCAAAGAUUCCAAUAUGACGAAAUGCCAUGUUCUCAUGCAAUGGCAGUAAUAUCAAAAAGACACUUCAAAUGCUACAAUUUCUGCCCUUAUUUCUACACAAAACAAGCCUUCCUUGCAACAUACGAAGAAACUGUGUUUCCAAUAGGUGACCGAGACUCAUGGGAGUUACCUGAUCAUAUUAGACAAAUUGAAGUACUGCCACCAAAGCACAAAAGACCAGAAGGAAGGCCAAGAAAACAACGGUAUAAGACCGCAAUGGAGAAAGCAACACAGAAUCAAUGCACACAAUGCUUCAAAAGAGGACACAACCGAAGGACUUGCAAGAAUGAACCAUUGGAACCAUCCGCAAAGAGAAAAAGAUACUAA